UUCAGUUUUGGACAUUUGACCUUGAGCUCUUACAAGUUUCAGCUCUACCCCUGCAAACUGAAUUUUAUCAAUCAAACCCAGAUUUUGGUUAUUUUUACCACUAGAUCAUCAUGGAGCAAGUGAAGAAUAGCCUAAUAGGCUUGUUUGCAGGAAUAAAUGGCGGAUUUGCUUCUGUAUAUGUUGGACAACCAUUAGAUACCAUCAAAGUCAAGAUGCAAACGUUUCCGGAAGUUUACCAGUCAACAUGGCAAUGUCUCCGGGUAACAGUUGUAAAGGAUGGGAUUGUACGUGGACUCUAUGCCGGAACUGCUCCGUCACUUGCUGCAAAUGUUGCUGAAAAUGCCGUGUUAUUCUGCGCUCUUCCACCUUCUGAACAUUUGAUAGCCAGUCUCUGUGGAGUAGACAGGAAAAAUCUUUCAGUACUACAGCAUGCUCUUGCUGGGAGUAUGGCAGCGUUUUGGUCGAGUUUGGCUCUUUGCCCAACUGAACUAGUCAAGUGCAAAGUUCAGUCAAUGAGAGAAAUGAUUGAAUUAGGACAUAUAAAGGUCGAUGGCAAACAUAUAGGCCCUUGGGCAGUGACAAAGUCAAUAUACAAGGAAAAAGGUUUUAAAGGAUUUACUUGUGGUUUGAGUGCUACAUUUGCCAGAGAAAUGCCUGGUUAUUUCUUCUUUUUUGGUGGGUAUGAGGCAUGCAGGACACUGAUGACUCCCGCUAAUGGACGCAAAGAAGACUUGAGUUCCAUCAAAACUGUUAUCGCUGGUGGAACAGGUGGGGUUUCACUGUGGUUGUCUAUAUUCCCAUUCGAUGUUGUCAAAUCUCGCAUGCAAAUUGGACAUCAUACUGUCGCGUCAUCCUCAACAGCGCAUGAAAACGGAGUCAGUAAGCAAAGAAGCAUGUUUUCUGUCCUGUUAGACAUCAAGAGAAAUGAAGGAAUUCGUGCACUUUAUCGCGGUCUUGGUCCAACAAUAGUGAGAACAUUCCCAGCGACAGGCGCUUUGUUUCUAGCUGUAGAAUGGACUCGUAAAGGUGGCCAUUGGUUACUAGGUUGAGAGAUUAAAUAAUAUAAAUAACCACAACAUCUGUCUUUCAACUACUAUUAUAUAUAUAUAUAUAUAUAUAUUGUUUAUUUUCUUCGUCACUUUUUGAUAAUUUUAUAUCUGCAAGCUCUAUUGUUUACCCAGUCGACUUUUCAACCCUUAUGCAAAUUAAUCCAUCACAGAUAAUUCUAUUUUCUAUGUCUACAUGAUAUACAACUUAUUAAGCAAAUUUUUAAUACUUUUUGUUCUUUUCUUACAUGGUAAAUUAAAUCUCGUCAGUGGUUGUUUUUUGUACAAAUCAUGCAUGUAUUAUGACGUAUGUUAUGAUUUUUACGAUAAAACUGUGUUUUGCGACUGUGCGUUUUAAACUAACAUCUAUUAUCUCAGAUAUCGCAAUUAUUAAUUAGUUAGUUAUCUUUUUGAAACUACUUAAACUGGUAUGAAUUUACACAUUCAAGUUCAUUAACCAUCCCACUUAUCAUGUGAGACUCCGCAAUACUGCUGGGCUAAUGCUGA